AAGCUGGCUCUUUUUCAUCUUGCAUAUGACGCGGGUGGCAUACGGGAGUGAUUCACCUUUUUACCACGAUUAAUAUUUUUAGCCGUAAGCAGUGGAAAUAAUUCCGGGGUGGGGAAACAAGGGACGAUAUAAAAGCAGGGUACUUUCUCUUAGGAUGAAACAGAUAUCUUCUUUUUUCCUUUAUACCUCAUUACAAACGCCUGCAAUCACAUACAAUGGCUCCUACCGCUGUCCAAACCCCAGUCGCCGCCGCGACCUCUACCAAUAACGCUCAAAUCGAUGCCAUUAAGGCUCAAUUAAAGUCCAACAAGACUACCCCAUCUCAGCAAGUUAUUGCUUCUUUGGGCUUGUCCCAAGAGACCAUCAUCCGCCACAACUCUGCCGUUCCAACCUUGUACGAGGAUGGUUUGUUGGAAAAAGGCACCACCAUCUCGUCCACCGGUGCCUUGAUGGCUUUCUCCGGUAAGAAGACGGGCAGAUCUCCAAAGGACAAGCGUAUUGUUGACGAAGAAACCUCUACCAAUGACAUCUGGUGGGGUCCAGUCAACAAGAAGUUGGACGAACACAUCUGGUUGAUCUCCCGUGCCAGAGCCGUUGACUACUUGAGAACCCGCGAAAAGCUUUACGUCGUUGACGCUUACGCCGGUUGGGACCCUCGCUACAGAAUCAAGGUCAGAAUUGUCUGUGCCCGUGCUUACCACGCGUUGUUCAUGAAGAACAUGUUGAUCAGACCAACGGACGAGGAAUUGGCCAACUUCGGUGAUCCUGACUUUACCAUCUACAACGCCGGCCAGUUCCCGGCGAACGUCCACACCACUGGUAUGACUUCUUCCACCUCCGUUGAAAUCAACUUGAAGGCCAUGGAAAUGGUGAUUCUCGGUACCGAAUACGCCGGUGAAAUGAAGAAGGGUAUCUUCACCUUGAUGUACUACUUGAUGCCAAUCCGCCACAAGAUCUUGACCUUGCACUCCUCUGCUAACCAGGGUGUCCAGAACGGUGAUGUCACUCUUUUCUUUGGUCUUUCCGGUACCGGGAAGACAACCUUGUCGGCCGAUCCUAACAGAAAGUUGAUCGGUGACGAUGAACACUGUUGGUCUGACAACGGUGUCUUCAACAUUGAAGGUGGCUGUUACGCCAAGUGUCUCGACUUGUCUGAGGAAAAGGAGCCAGAAAUCUUCAACGCUAUUAAAUUCGGUUCCGUGUUGGAAAACGUCAUCUACGACAAGGAAACCAGAGUUGUUGAUUACGAAGACUCCGCCAUCACUGAGAACACUAGAUGUGCCUACCCAAUCGAGUACAUUCCAUCUGCCUUGAUCCCAUGUAUCGCUGACUCCCACCCAAAGAAUAUUAUUUUGUUGACCUGCGAUGCCAGAGGUGUCUUGCCACCGGUUUCCAAGUUGACCAACGCUCAGGUUAUGUACCACUUCAUCUCCGGUUACACUUCCAAGAUGGCCGGUACUGAAGAGGGUGUCACUGAGCCAGAAGCUACCUUCUCUGCCUGUUUCGGUCAGCCAUUCUUGGUCUUACACCCAAUGAGAUACGCUCAGCAAUUAUCCGACAAGAUGACCCAGCACAACGCUACCGCUUGGUUGUUGAACACUGGCUGGACCGGUUCAUCUGCCGCCACCGGUGGCAAGAGAUGUCCAUUGAAGUACACUCGUGCUAUCUUGGACUCCAUCCACAACGGUACCUUGGCCAACGCUGAGUUCGAAACUUUCGAAACUUUCGGCCUCAACGUUCCAAAGGCGAUUGAAGGCGUUCCAUCGGAGCUUUUGAACCCAGCCAAGUCCUGGUCCCAAGGUUCCGAGUCGUUCCAGAAGGAAGUCAAGACUCUCGGUGGCUUGUUUGCCGAAAACUUCAAGAAGUAUGAGUCUGAAGCCACUGCUGAAGUUAAGGCUGCCGGCCCGGCUUUGUAAAAUGCCUGAAUCCGUUUUUUUUUUUU